UCUCCAGGUGAAGCAAAUCGGAGACGCCAAGAGAAAAAGGGAGUAUCGAAGUUUACGUGGAGGAGAUCGCGAACGAGAAUGGAGGUCCCAGGUUCAUCGAAGAAGAUGAUCGCAACGCAAGAAGAGAUGGUUGCAGCGAAAGUACCGCUCGGAUACAGAGACCAAUGCGCUCAUCUCCUAAUCCCGCUCAACAAAUGCCGCCAGGCCGAGUUUUUCCUCCCGUGGAAGUGCGAGGACGAGCGCCACGUGUACGAGAAGUGCGAGUACGAGCUCGUCAUGGAGAGGAUGCUCGCGAUGCAGAAGAUCCGCGAAGAAGAAGCCAAGGCGAAACAGAGUAAAGUGCAAGGGAACAACGGCGUUCCUCUGAUCCCUAAAACCGCUAAUGCUUAGGGCUUUCCGGUUAACCGAUUCCAGAUUUCCGGGAUUCUCUGGAACUGUGAAGAAGGGGGGGCUCUGCUUUUCAAUAUUUUCUUUUUGCUAGUGAUGAAAAACUUGUUGCUACAUUCCAUACGUGUAUGUGCAGAGAUUCUCUCCCCUACCUUUCUUCCUCUUGUUAACUUUAAAGUUGUUUCCCAAACAAAAAAAUAAGAUGCAAACUCAUCCUUUUGUUGGUUUUCUA